AUAUAAUUCUCCAAUCCCCAAACCAAAACCCACUUUCCUGUGGGCUUUGUAAUUUUUUUCGUUUCUAUAUGUUUUGAUUCUUUGUUUUUUUUCUUCUUUUUUUUAACAAAUUAUUGUAUAUAAUUCUUUUUCAAAUCCAAAUUCACAAUAAUUACGGUGGCCGGCGGAUGGCGAAAGGACGGAAGUUAGGUAUUAACAGGAACGAACGGUUCCUCGGAAGCUAUAGCAAUAAUGGACACGCACAAGGCUCUUAUAAUGGAGAUGACUCAUCAGAGCUCCGUGAAGAAGAUGUAUGGUCGAUAAUUGACAACAAAAACUCGGCCGACGGCGAAGAUGAGAAUUACGGGAACAUUACAGUCAGAACUCGCCGGAGAUCGACGCCGCGCGAUGAACGACACCUCGGUGGAGUGUCGAUUGCUUUUCAAGAUUCUGGAAGUAGGACGGCGGUGGCAACGUCGCAGGGGAAUAACCCACGUGGACGCCACGUGUCAGCAUCGGCUCCGGUGAACGUGCCGGAUUGGAGCAAGAUUCUAUGGGCGGAGUCGGUGGAGUCGUUGCGGGAGAUGGACGACGGAGGGUAUUACAACAACGAUGAAACGGAGAUGGUGCCGCCGCACGAGUAUUUAGCGAGGGAAUACGCGAGGAGCCGGAACACGGCGGCAGCGACGUCGGUUUUCGAGGGCGUGGGCCGGACUCUGAAAGGCCGAGAUAUGAGGAGGGUUCGGGAUGCGGUUUGGAGUCAGACCGGGUUCGAUGGUUAAAUUUUUCAAGUUUAUUUAGUUAAAAAAUUAAAAUGAAAGAAAUGGGGAUUUUUAUAUGAUAAUUAUAUUUUUUAUAAAUUUGGGGGUUUGGGCAGUGAUUCGGCCGAGUUGACUCAGUGAAAGCGAGUUAAAAUGGUAACGAAUGAGCUCAAACAUAAUUUGUGGAGGCAAAUUCUUGGAUUGUGUAUAUGGGGGAUUGGUAAAGUGUAUGGUCUCGUAAUUUGUGUGCAUUAAUGAACAGCUCUUGCUUGUUAAUUGUGA